AUGUCGCAAUCUCACUCACCAAUCAAACGUAGCCGAUGCCGGUUCGGGAGUUCCGAGCCUGAUAUCUGCACCCGAACCAAAUCUACGCUCCCACUCCCACUCCCACAGUUCGUUGAAAAUCUCCCUCACUUUUUCAUCUUUUUCGCAGCUAAAAAAAAAAAACCUCAUUUUCUUCCCCCAUUCUCGCUCUCACUACUUUCUCUAUCUGGAAAAAGCUCCUCCUUUUGCCGAUUCAAACCCCUAGGAGUUCAAUUCAGCGCAAUUUUCUUUAUUUAUUCGCAUCUCGAUACCCAGGGGAAGGUCUUGGGGCUAAGAAGAUGCCAGAGAAAAAUUGAUUUGGCAAAUUCUGAUUCAAAAAAUUAUGGUUCACAAAUCUCAGAUAGAGUUUUAGGACAGGGCAGUUAUGCCCUUCAUGCUUCACAUGGCUCGAAUUUUGAUCAAGCUACUGUGAGGCCUAGUUUUUCUAACAGUCAAUACCAAAGCGAACUGCCAAAUUUGAAUGGCUAUAUGUGUGGAGAUCAGGUUCACCAGACGAGGCUUAGUGAAGCUAACUCUCUUGCAACAGAUUCUGAUCAGCAUCAUCUAAUUACCACGAGAGGCUUAUCUAUCCAUGAAUUCCAGAAAGCAGAUGAGUUUUCAGCAAUCAAGCAUGCUGCAAUCUUUGCAGCAUCGACAAUCUGGGCUCAAUGA